GCGACUGCAGUGUAAAGUGUAAACCCCAUUCUUCUUUCUCUGUCUUCUCUCUCGUCUUGGUUAAGCUCUCUGAUGGCGGUUGAAGCCAAUUCCAACAUUCUCCUCCUCCCAGAAUUCUCCGAUUUCAUACCAUUGGGCGAUUUCAUGAAUACUAAGCCAAGGUUGGCCGGACAGAGCAUUCUCCCGUUCAAUAGAUCUCGGCCGCCGGUGAAGACUGCGGUGAAUGGCAGCGCCGGAAAUAGUCAUCGGCUUCAGGUGAAGCGAUCUAGAGAUUCUCUCCAUCUCUAUAAUCCUUCCCCUGUUUUCGCCUCUGCCAAGAACACACAAAUCGUGAAGCAUCAUGCGAAGAAAGUGAGGAUGGAAUUGGAGGAGAGGCAGAAAGAGAUCGGAGAAGGGAUGGUGAAGAAACUGAGGGAGAAAGACGAAGAGAUCCAAAGAAUGAAGGAGAGGGUGAAGAGCCUCUACGUGGAGAAUCAUUCCCUCCGAACCAAUCUGGAGCAAGUCCUCGCCCACGUCGCCGCCGACGAGCGCGUCUCCUGCCCCGCCGUCGCGCCGGUGGAGGAAGACGCCGAGUCUUGCUGUGGAAGCACCGAUCACGGCCGCGGAGAAUCGAGUGUGUUGUUGCUGCCGUGUCGGCAUCUCUGUCUCUGCACAGUUUGUGGGUCCUCCCUGGUACGAUGUUGCCCAGUAUGUAACUCUAACAUGUCUUCUUGAUGAUAAAAGAAAAAAAAAAAAAAAAGCAGAGAAACAGAUUUUACGGAUUAGUCCUUUUUGUGAUAAUGUAAAAAAUUAGAUUUCUCUCCAUGGUCAAAGACUCAAAGACUUUAUGAUCGUCUUCUUAUAAAUGGAGGUCACAGAUUCAAAAGAUUUCUCUGUAAAUUCUUUUUCUUCAACACUAGUGAAUUAAAAUUUUCAUUUUUUUGAAA